AUGCAGUGGCGAAAAUUGGCACGUUCGAAGAUCUCAUCGGGAAGAUCGCGCACGCGCAACAUGCUGUGUUGUGGACGCAGGAAGGAUAAUGGACGGGAGGCUUUGGAUCUCACAGCAUCUCCGUUGCGAGCACCCACAGCUCCAAAUAAUAGAACACAGCACCCACCGCCAAUGGUCAUACAGGGGGACUUCAGAAAGGUGUCUGGAAUCAGCAGUGAAAUAUUCAAACAGAUAGAAACAGUAGAAAAUGACCACGACGCUUCCACAGCUGCGGCGCUGGAGCACGUGGAACGUCGGGGUGAGAUGAUAGUGCGAAUCCUGGAUCCCAGGCACCUGGGCCGGACUGCCAAUGACGCCGCCAAGCGGUUCAUGGCCAUGCAGGAUGCCAAGCACACGGUCCAGUUCGUCGAGAUCGUGAAACGACCUGGCCAAACGCUCGGUCUCUACAUCAGAGAGGGCAACGGGAUCGACAGAAACGACGGCGUCUUCAUAUCGAGGAUUGCUCUGGAAUCCGCCGUCUACAACAGCGGAUGUCUCAAGGUUGGCGAUGAAAUUUUGGCCGUCAACCUGGUGGACGUGACCAGGAUGAGCCUGGACGACGUCGUCAUAAUCAUGUCGAUCCCGCGACGCUUGGUGCUGGCGACGCGACAAAGGAAGGGCAGCAAGGGCCAGGGCUCGCCGAACGUGCAACCCAGGGCUGAACAUAAACCCCCGCCCGUCGUGGUCAUCAAGCGCGACCUCAGGGAGGACGAGACCGACGAAACGGACCUUGGAGAGCACCGAGAGUCGAUGAGGCAGCGUCACACUGGCGACGGGCGCGAGAUGAGCGAGUCUCGCUCGCGCCUCGGCCUCGGCCUGUCGACCUUGGACUCGAGGCACGGACCCGGGCAACCGCCCGAGGCCACCAACGGCCUGGACCUGUACUACAACAGCCGGCCGCCCGAGCAGGGGUGGGGCUACCAGCCGCCGCCGCCUGUCAUCACCGAGCAGCCCAAGUCGAGCAUGCAGCACUUCCAGCCGUACGAGCGAAGCUACCCGAACACGCUCGAAAGCCUGGCCGAGAAGGUGCACUCGUUCGGGCUCACUCGGAGGAUGUCCGCCGGCGGACAACCAGUUCCCACUAGACUGUCCACUCAGCAAAGUCCCUCGUCGCAUUACUAUGUCCAGCACACCAGCACGGGAAGUCGCCGCAUCAUGCCGCGUUCCGGCUCGGAUCAGCACCUUCCGCAAACCGAAUACUCGGAUUACACCAGCAUCACGCAGGCCGGUCGACACAGCCUGCUUAGAUCCAGCCUGAAAUCCGGAUCGACGCUCAGCAGGUACAACCAGAGAUUCGUGGAUCAAGCUGCAGUGGCCGCGCAGCUUGCGCAAAGCAAGUACGGCGCUGCGGGGCAGUACGGUGCCAGCACCACCAUGAGGAGGAACAGGGGCAGUCUGGAUUACUCCAGCGACACGGAGGCCACGGUCGGGUCCAGAAGCGGAUACUACUAUUACAGAAAUCAAGGAAGCGGCCAAUCUUCAGUUCCUCACAGCACAAUACCGACAAUGGGACGUCAAGGUACCAUGGCUUCCACUGAUAUGACGACCAAAUUCAAUUCGCUUCCGCGAGAUACGAGAGGCGGCACAAGAUUGGCGAUGGGUAAAAGAUUCGGCGAUAGAAACGUGCAACUACUGCAGCAGCAAGACGAGUCCGACGGGGCUCUUUCGGCUCCAGAAAUGCCGUCGAUUCGUAGAGAUAGAGAUGAGUACCGGCAGUGGUUGAGCAGGACACCUUCGACUUCCGCCAUCUAUGAGCAGAUAAGGGCGUCCAGGGACGUGUUGAAUCAGCAGCGGGCUGCCAGAUUCACCUACAGUGCCGAAAAUAUACACGAUGCCUUGAAAAAUAUCGAGGGAGGCUACUACAGUGCGUAUGGUCGUCCUGGGACUACUUCUACUUUAGAUAGAAACUUCAUGAGAUCUCAGCAGCCCUCUUUACCGGCUCGUUCAUUAUCAACCCAACAUAUCACCUCAUCAUCAACAGCUUUAAGUAGUACUAGAUCCCCUUCCAUGCGCCGCAUGCGGCAGCUUUUGGACUUGGACUCGGUGCGAACCGGCGCCCCAAGUCCCGUUCCCACCCCCAGCGGCACCCUGCCCAGAGGUCAAAGACAGUUGGACAUUAACCCCGCGGAGUUUCUAAAGUACAAGAUAGACAAGCCGGGUGCUUCCAUUACCGGCUUGUCGCAGCUGGCCGGGGGAGGUGGACCUUUGUCCGCCGCCGACGAACCGGUCAGCGGCAUGUUGUGGGUGCACCUGUUGGCAGGUCGAGGCUUGAGACCUUCGACGGGAACCUCAGCGGCUACCACGCCGGUGACACCCAGCGGAACGUCGCCAAGCAUAAGCGGAUCGACUGGGUUAAGAGAUCUCUACUGCGUCCUGGAAUGCGAUAGAGUGCAUAAAGCUAGAACAGUGGUGCGAACAGGCGACUUAGUUUUCGACUGGGACGAGACCUUCGAGUUGGAUCUUGUCAACAACAAGGAGUUGGACCUUUUGAUUUACUCGUGGGAUCCGCAGUAUCGACAUAAGUUAUGUUACAAAGGAUCGGUUUAUUUGCCCACCUUACUUAAGUCCGGGCCCAUUCAUCAGCUUGCUUUAAAGAUUGAGCCUAGAGGUACUUUAUACAUGAGAAUUAGACACACGGAUUCUUCGGCUCUUUAUAGAAGGAGGACGAUAUCCACGUUGACCCUGACAAGAACAACGCCACUAUUUGGUGUUGAUUUAGAGUCGGUGGUGAACCGGGAAGGUAAAACCGGGGGAGUACCGGGAGGAGUUGCUACCGGAAUUGUAGCAAGUGCCCACCACAACAUUCCCAUCAUCGUUAGACGAUGCGUUGAGGAAGUGGAAAGAAGAGGUUUAGACAUAAUAGGCUUGUAUAGACUGUGCGGCUCGGCCACAAAGAAGCGAAUCCUUCGCGAAGCGUUCGAACGAAACAGCCGUUCGGUGGACUUGAGUCCGGACAACGUGCCGGACAUCAACGUGAUAACGGGCGUUCUGAAGGACUACCUCAGGGAGUUACCCGAACCCCUCUUCACGAAAUGUCUCUACCAGAUGAUGGUGGACGCGCUGGGAGUCUGCUUGCCCGACGAUCCCGAGGGCAACGCCAAACUCAUGUUCUCCAUAUUGGAUUGUCUGCCCAGAAUAAACAGGGCAACUCUGAUCUUCCUGAUGGACCACUUGGCCUUGGUGGUGUCCGCAUCGGAUCGAAACAAGAUGUCGGCAUUGAACCUGGCGACUGCAUUAGCGCCGCCUCUGAUGCUGCAAUCGACGGAAAUCGCUACGCCAACGUCGAUGAUGAAACCGCACGAGCUCGACUACCAGCAACCAAUCAACGUGCUCAAGUAUCUGCUGCAAAUAUGGCCAACGCCGAAACACGCCGGGCCCACCCACACCUCAGGUCGUCGCGGCAGGCCAGCCGGGCCGCGUGGAGACAGUCGCAGUGCGUUGCCAGCGGCGGGGGGCCAGCGCGAGCCGUCUCGGCUCUCAGCGGCUCCGUUUCCUCCUCCUCCUCGCUCAGCAGUCUCGGGCCCGCGCGGCCCACUGCCACCGGUCCCAUCACACCAGAUACUAGGCCCAUCAUCAGUAAGCAAAGGUCCCUACCGUCCACUCUCACCACGAGUCGCCCCGCCAGCGGCACCGGGCUCAUCAUCCACCAGCAGCAGCGCAGCUUUGCGGCCCCGACAGGUGAUAGUGUCUUCGCCAGGUUCGCCAAGCAGCAGUAGCGGCGAUUCCCAGUCAGGUUCCGACUCCGUUAAACACUGCCUGCCCGGCCGCGUAUCGUCGCCCGCCAUCCGCGCCUCCCCAUCCUCCCAGGCGAUGCUGCGCUCCUCCCCGUCGGUCACGAUCAGUUCUCCGGGCAUCAGGAGCAGUCCUUCGGCCACGGCCGGUCUGCACAGCACCUCGUCUCCCGGUCCCAGGAACUCGCCGUCGGUCACCAGUUUAAGUCGCGCCUCUCCAUCGGUCAUGGUGUCGAGAUCCGGCUCUCCGGCCAUGCAGGGCAGCUCAGCCGGCAUGAAUGUCACUUUGGGUCAAACUUCCGCAUCCUAUUCGACGGCUUCUUACUCGACUUCCUACUCAACGCCAUCAUAUUCCUCAACGUCGUAUUCUACACCAUCAUACUCCACCACAACUUCAUACUCUACGAUGUCUUAUUCGACUCCAUCAUCUUACUCGACGUCGUCGUCUUAUUCAGCACCUUCCUACUCGACUCUUUCCAAUCUGCAAAGCACAAUAUCCAACAUCAAUACGACAGCCAACAAUAUUUACGGCAUAAACUACACCCAACCAACAACGUACGCCAGCACCAACCCAUUCUUAACUGGAGCCUACAUGACCUACACAACGGAUGACAACAACAAGUACAACACCAUUGGAUCCACCAAGGAAGUGAAGAGCUUCUUCGAGAACUACGCUUCCGACAAGUAUUCAUCGGACAAGUUCGCCGACAGCAAAUACUCAUCCGACGCCAAAUACUCGAAAACUUACGACCCGGACUACUCGUCCGACAAGUACAACACCAUCGGCAGCAAGUACCCGGAGAAGACGAGCUACUUGAGCACCACGUACUCCACCGACUUGAAGUACAGCCCGGCCAAGUCCUACGACCGGAGCCCGAACGUGACCCAGAGCGCCGGCUCGGCGACGCUGGGCGUCGAGGACACCCCGACGCCCACGUCGAGCAUCGAGACGGAGGACAGCAACACCAGGGAGGUGGGCGAGAAGGACGUGGAAGGGGACGGCGAGCAAAGCGACUGA